AUGGGUGAAUUUGUAGUGGUAGGUAGUAGUUUAUUGGAGGAAAAAUUGAUGAAAUUCUUUGAUGAAAGAAUAAAAACCAAAAAAGUUAAUAAAAUAAAUGCAUUCAUAAUGAAAAUAAAUGAGUAUAAAUUUGAUUUGACUAGUAAGCUCCAAAAAGAUGAGUCAAAUGGUGAACAAUUAGUAGUUCCAAAAUGCAAAAUUGAAGAAGAAAUAGAAAUUCCAUUCGACCAAAUUUUACUAUCAAGAAAAGACUCUUUUGGAGUUGUUUCAACUGGUGAACUUUUUAAUCAUAUAUGCCAAUUUUUGAGAUCUGAUCAACGAAUGAAUAACUACAAGGACGAAUUUGGAAUCAUACUAAUAAGUGGGUUAUACUUUUCAAAGCAUUUAAGUUUAAUUAUUUGCAUUCCAAAUACCAUAAUUAAAGAGAUGGAAAUUCAUAAUUUUAGUGAAUUAAAUUUUAGACAAAUGAUUCAAAAAGAUUCAAAAAAAAGUUCAAAAUAUGUAAAAUUGUUCAAUUAUUCUUCUAAUGUAUGCAAAAUCAAGCCAAGUACUCAAUCUAUAAGAUGCCCUUAUCAAUAUAAGGAUACUGUCUUCAAGAUUAAAUCAUUGACGCUAUCAUCCAGUUCAUAUGAUACUAUUGGCUUAUUUAUGGAAAAACAAUUAACUUGCAUCAAAAUAAUCAUUGACAUAAUCCCUAUUAAACAGCGAUUUAGAGAUAUCACUUCUGUCUUAACAACGCCAUCGUUUUAUUUGUUCAAUUUGCAAAACAACCAUAAUUUAUUAAUUAACUGGUCUCCAGACCAAUCUUGUACAAAAAUUAAUCGCGUUCUUUACACAUCAUUGUUGGUAAGCUUUCUAAAAUACCCACCAUUUUAA